UUCGUCUGACUAUUUCCAACAUCAAGAUGGCCACGGUCGUGAGAGUACAGUAAGGGUUGUAUGAUUUUUGGCAUAUAUCGCCAGUUACGACGUUUGGAGCCGUUGUCAUUAAUAUUCAGUAUUUUCGGUUGAAUUUUUAAAAUGACAGCGGGCACAAGCUUAGUAGUACCCAUAGUUUUAUGGGGUCGUAUAGCUCCAACUCAUUGUGUUUCCUGUAUCUAUUUGUCUCGAGAUCAAAAAACAUUAGUAACAGGAUGUUAUGAUGGCCAGAUAUGUUUGUGGCAAGUAGACCCUGAAACAUUGAAGAUGAGUCCAAGAUGUUUACUUGUUGGUCAUACUGCUCCAAUAAUGUGCCUGAGUCGAGCGAGUGUUAUUAUGGAACAAAAUUAUAUUGUCAGUAGCAGUGAAAGUGGAGAAAUGUGUACAUGGGACUUAGUUGAUGGAAAAUGCAGGGAAGCUGUAAAGCUCACCAGUGUUCAUACACAGAUGUUGCCUUAUGUCUCUGCUGGUGGAGAAGAUGUUAGAUUGUUUUGUUCGGGAUACUAUCCUGAGGUUUUAGUAAUGGACCCUUUUAGUUUGGAAGUUUUAUUCACCUUAAGCUCCCGUGUUAAUCCAGACUGGAUCAGUGCUUUGCACGUUUUGCGGCCGGCCAAACGGAAAGGUCGGUUCUACGUGCAUACAAAUGAUGUUGUGCUGGCCUUAACGACGACUGGUACAGUCAAGGUGUGGACUCUUCUUGGACAUGAGAAUCGUAACAGUGAGCCUCUUUAUGAACAUGAAAGCAAACAAAUACGAUGUUUAAAUGCACUUGCAAUGACUUGUUGCCCAUAUAAUCAGAGAACUGUAUUAAUUGUAUGCUCUAAACAUUGGCAGAUAUAUGAUGCCGGUGAUUUCUCCCUUCUAUGUUCAAUCACUGCACCUUGUGGCGAACGUUGGAUGGCUGGAGACUUCUUAUCUGCAGAUAGAGUAAUUCUGUGGAGUGAUGAAGGUUGCGGUUAUCUCUAUAAACUACCAGCUAAGGUUCUGGUACAUCUUGACAGCAAGUUGAAGGGCAAGGCUCUUAGCAGUAGCGUUGCAGACAACAAAAAUUUUCAUACCGCCGGUGUUGAAUAUGAUCAACCUUAUCUCUACUGUACUUUGACGCAACCUGGAGUCAAGCCUCUAUCAUGCCCACCAGCAAUGCGACUAGUUACAGUUCAAAAACAAAGUAAAACGUUAAAGUAUUUAUUACGUGGUGAUAGUGGAGGAGUUGUUCUCUGGACAGUUCCAGAAGUAACGACUCAACAAUUAGCUCAAAUUUGUCAAAAUGACCGUUCAACUCCACUUUCACUACCACCAGCAGUAAAAACGAGUAUUACAACUGCUUGGGAGGAAAUGAAACCAUCACCAGUUGGAAUAUUAGAUCAAUUAGACAGUGGAGAUGGACAUGGCAUAAAAUUAACAGCUAGUAUAUAUUUACCACAACAAAGUCGUUUAGUUGUCGGUCGUGAAGACGGCAGUAUUAUCAUUGUCCCUGCAACACAAACAGUCAUGCUUCAAUUACUUCAUGGCAAUCAUCAACAAUACGAUGAUUGGCCUCCUCAUCAAGUAUUGUUGGGUCACUCCGGCCGAGUGAACUGCCUUUUGUAUCCACAUGGAGCAGCACCACGUUAUGAUCGGACACAUCUCGUUUCUGGAUCUGUUGAUUUUGCUGUAUGUUUAUGGGAUCUUUAUGCUGGUACACUCAUUCAUAGAUUCUGCGUCCAUGCAGGUGAAAUUACACAAUUAAUGGUACCACCUGAUAACUGUAGUCCUAGAAUACAGAAGUGUGUUUGUAGUGUUGCAUCAGAUCAUAGUGUUACUCUGUUAUCAUUAGCAGAAAGAAAAUGUGUUGUUCUUGCUUCUCGGCACUUAUUCCCAGUUGUUACGAUAAAAUGGAGACCAUUGGAUGACUUUAUGAUAGUUGGAUGUUCAGACGGAGCUGUGUAUGUAUGGCAAAUGGAAACCGGCCAUCUAGAUCGUGUAUUGCAUGGUAUUAUUGCAGAAGAAGUGCUCUAUGCUUGCGAUGAAAAUACAAUCGCUGCAUCUGGUGGAUCUGCUACUGGUGGUGAACUAGGUUUAGCUAAUCCUGCUGUACAUUUUUUUAGAGGCUUAAGACAUAGAAAUCUGUCUGCUAUAAGACACGCAACCCAAAGAGGAUUGCAUCAAUUGCAACAACUUCACGGUGGACAAGGAGUUGAUCAUGGAAAUCAAAUAAAGACAAAAGGCACACCUUUAAUGAUUCAAGGUUUUAGAAGUAAUCCUAAAGAUCCAGAAAGCCAUAUUUUAUUUUUUGACAUAGAAGCAUUGAUAGUACAAUUACUUAAUGAUGAAUAUGGAGCAAUGUCACCUGGUUCUUUGGAAGCACAGGGUCUUAUUUCAGCCUCUGAGUAUCAAAAAGUUGCAGCACUUACACAGUCUGCUAGUCCAGAUGCUCAUAAAAAAAUUGCAGACUUUUUCGGUCGCGUCAAGGAUAAGGCAGGCGACGUUGAACGAAUUUUAAAGGAGAAGGAUCGCCACGGUAUAUUGGCUAAAAUGAAGGAGGGCGCAGAGAACGUACAUACUAAGAUUCAGGCCAAGGUGGAAAGCGUUGGCCUCAAGCCGUCGACUCUCGACGGCAAAGGUGAUAAUUGGAAUAAUAAUGAAAUUGCGAAAAACAAUUUAAAACGAAAUGGAGCGUUUAGUGAACCAAAUGCCACUAUGGAAGUUGCUCAGCUUAUAUUAAGUUUAUUACAUGCUUGGGGUAUUGAUCCAGAUUUAGAUCGCGUUUGCGAAGGAAAGUUAGGUUUAUUAAGACCUAUGGUUCCUGUUUCAUUUGGAGUAUUGUCAAAAGGAGGUUACAUGUCAUUAUUAUUACCAACUUGGCAAAUGCAAUUGGAACCAAUUGGCGAACCUACAACUCAAUUAGAACAACGUUUACCAGCAGAAUUAGUUAGACAAGAAAGGCUUACAAGAGCAUUCACAGCAAGGGCACAUUGGGAGUUAUCUACCACAUUGACCAGCAAUCAUUUAUUAGCAGUAGUAGCUUUAGCAAAUACUUUAAUGUCAAUGAACAAUGCCACUUUUGUACCUGAACAAGAACGAAAUCGUAAAAUGCAUAGGCCUGGUAAUAGAUCUACAGUUAAUUGGAAUAAAGCAGAAGAAGAAAAUGAGGAAAUUUAUACAGCGCAACAAGCACAGAUUAAGCAAGGUUGGUCUCUCUUAGCAACAUUACACUGUGUACUAUUGCCCGAUAAAAUAGUUUCACAAGGUGGCGUUAAGACUUUUAAACGGCCUCAAGUUGAAAUGAUGGCUCGCAGAUGGCAACAUCAAUGUCUUGAGAUUCGCGAAGCUGCUCAAGCUUUAUUGCUUGCUGAAUUAGGAAGAAUGGGUCCAAAAGGAAGGAAAACACUUGUAGAUAGCUGGUCACAAUAUCUACCAAUGUAUAGCACUCAAGAACCUAUUGCACCACAAUCGCAAAAUCAAAGUCCACCAGCUCCAGGUAGUCCAAUUCCAUCAUCUGAAUCACAUACGGAGGAGGAAGAUGAAGAGGAGGAACUGGCAGAAGCAGAAAUAAAUGUAGCUAGGAAACCAUCGAGCGUGGCGGAAUUAAAACGAAAGCAAACGACAGCAGUUGUAUUAUUAGGGGUAAUAGGUGCAGAAUUUGGGCAAGACGUUACUACCACAAAUCAGAAAAGAGAUAACGAACAGAGACGAAAGAGUUCAAUUGUAGAAGGUUUUGGAAUAGGAAAUAAUAAUCUUGCCAGGCAUACUAGCAUGGCACUCACGCACUUGUUACACGCACCUCACUCUCCGAAAUUACCUUUACAUACGGCAUUGCGAAGAGCCGCAAUUGAUCUCAUUGGUAGAGGUUUCACUGUUUGGGAACCAUAUCUUGAUGUAUCGAAAGUAUUAUUGGGAUUACUAGAAAUGUGUUGUGAUGCUGAUAAAUUGGUACCAAAUAUGACAUAUGGCCUUCCGCUUACACCUCAAGCUGAUACCUGUCGUACAGCAAGACAUGCUUUAACUUUAAUAGCUACUGCUCGACCUGCAGCAUUUAUUACUACGAUGGCACGGGAAGUAGCUAGAUACAAUACAUUGCAACAAAAUGCGCAAACAUUAAAUGUAAAUAUGGGUGCAAGUGUUUUGGUUAGGGCAAAACCAGAAAUACUUAGGAUUGUUGAACAAUUAAUUGAUAAAAUGCAGAGUGAAAUGAGCGAUCUCUUAGUUGAGGUCAUGGAUAUUAUCUUACAUUGUUUGGAUCCAGGUCAUCUUAAGACUAAACCAUUGAAUGAUGUGUUUCCAGCAGUAUGUAGAUUUAAUCAAGUAAGUCAUUGUCCGGCAACACGCAGAAUAGCAGUAGGUAGUCGCAAUGGUCAGCUCGCUUUGUAUGAAUUACGAGGCAAUGUUAAAUGUCAAACAGUACCUGCGCAUGUUGCAUCUGUAACUGCAUUAGCGUUUUCACCUGAAGGCAAGUUUCUGGUUAGUUAUUCUUGUACGGAAAAUAAAUUAUGCUUUUGGCAGCAAACAAGUAGUGGUAUGUUCGGCCUAGGGAAUUCUCAAACACGUUGUGUGAAAUCAUAUAGUACUGCACCCAUUAACGAUGUAGCACGAUUAAACCCUAUGCGACUAGCUCGAUUGAUAUGGAUAAAUAAUCGAACAGUUACACUAAUGCUUGCUGAUGGAUCAGAAACGCGAUUCAAUGUUUAAACUGUGAAGAUGCUCCCUUCCAUCCCAAUAAUGAAUGAAUGAAGAUAAGUACAGUAUAAAAUGGGAUCAGCCUAUAGCAGAAAUAUGGAAUAACUGUUUUAGGCAAAAGAAAUAGCCGAAAGUGAUGUCGUGAAUAUUAGUGCGCUUAUUGGUACUUAAUAGUACUAGUGCUAAAAUAAUUGGAUAUCAUAUGGAGUAUACAUAAAUGAAGUUUAUCAUUGCACGACGCAGGAUAUGGUUUAGCGAUUAUCGUCAAGCAUGGUAUGAAAAAUUGUUUUUUUCUUUUCAAUUUCUUACACUUAUCUGUCUUUUUAUUUCAUAUAUAUAAUUUAAAUAUUUCAUUUCUUGGUCGCGCACGAAUAUGCUACAUUUUGGUGUUUUCAUAGCACACAAAAGAGUUUGAUGCCAUCAGGUUUUAACAAAAAGUAUUUCUUUUAUCUAGUAAUUUAACUGCAUUACCAAUUUCAUUGCCAACAAUGUAGUUAUGAUACUAAAGUAUUUCAUUGAAAUUUCGUGAAUUUAGAUCAAAGUAAAAUAAUACGAUGAAACGCUUUCAUGCUGUCACAUCUGUAUAUCAUAGAUGUUGUUAAUUAUUUCUACAUGAGGAUUUGUGUGGGCGUGUGCUGUACUGUACAUUACGCAAUGUUACAUUAUUGCGUAUACUAUUCAAAGCCAUGAUUACAUAUUCCUGAAAUCCUGAUAUAAUAGAUAAAAAGAUGGUUACCAUAUGAAAAACUGGAACCUCGCGUUGAAAGUACAUACCUGUGUAUAUAUACAUAUAAAGAAGAAAAAGAAAAGAAUUCUCGCUGAAGAUUUGUAUAUACAUAACGCAAUGGCGAAUCGUAUAGGUCAAUAUAAUAACUUGUAUGAACAUCAUAUAUUUAAUUUGUUUAUGUAUAAUUAAACGCUUCAAAUGAAUUCCUGUUUUACAAAUUUUACAUGUGUUAUUUGUCCGCGUAAUUUGUACCGCUUAACGAAAGAUAAAUAUUUCUGUAUCUUAGAAUGAUAUACGUCGAGAUCUGAUUCCUAAAGAGACUAAUAAUUGAUCACGCAUAGGACUAAGGCUAGAAUAGAGAACUACACGGGCGUUUUAUACGCUACGUGUUGCAUAUUGUGUUUCCCCGCCGAAGCAGGAUCUUGAAUGGAUGAGCGUUUUACGCUACGGGUUAGACACCGUAUUCAGGAAGAAUUAAUUCAACAUAAAAAUGAAUUUUGUACAGCCUUGAUGCCUUACUAAUUCUGUGCGUAAUAUUAAAAAACAGAAAAAAAACGCAAUAGUCGUUAGUGAAUAUAUAUCGAACAUUUUUCAAUCACGUUUUUACUUUCCACUGCUGUGUAGUUAAACCGAUACUAAACAUUGUAUCAUUGUAUCGCAUUGCCAGCGUGUUUUAUUUUCAAACUUUGGUGGAGAAAACGGGAUGUGCAAGACGAACCGUAUAAAACGCCCGUGUAAUUCAAGCCUAGAAGUCAGUCUAGACACACACACGCGCGCGCGCACGUGAGAAAGGAAGAGAGAGUAAUUUUUAAAGCAGUUAUUCAGAAUUCAAGAUAUCUUUUACAGUUACCUUACGAUUUUUAUAAAUAUUCUACGCGAAAAUUAUUAGUAAUAUUUAUUUCGUUUAAAGUGGAAUUGAAAGAUUAAAGCUAAUCUAUAUGUAGGUAUUAUCUAUAUGUGAAGUGUGUUGCUCCUUUUUUUAUUUUUCCUCGUGAAAUAAAAUUUUCCCCAUUCUUGAGAAACUGGAUAAAUAGUGAAUAUGGACGAUAAUAAGUUCGUUUAGUAUAAUUUAUUAUGAUUAUUGCCUUUUAUGAAUUUUGCACAAUAUUCUGUGUAAAUAGACAAUGAUCGUGUAUACAUAUGUGUAUAUGUUUUAAAAAUUGAGAACAUUAUUCAAGUUAUUAUAGAUAUUGUGACAAGUCCAGCGAGAUAUACAGUUGUACGUAUGUACAAUCCUUAUGUUACGAUUUAGUUACCUAUCAUAAAUCGCACAAAAUCAUGAAUAAAUUUUCUAAGAGAUUGUGCUAAUCAAGCGAAAUGUAAUGCAUAUCUGUUAAAAUUUUUGUUAUCGGUGAUAUAUUGCGUUUAUUAAGUUGAUUCGUUACUAUUUUAAAAAUAUGCAAAGUUUUAUUAUUUUUUUUAACGAUAUUUUAAGCUUUCUAUCAAUGAGUGUUGAUAAUAUGAAGAAUAUGAAGAAAGAUAUUAUAGAAUACUUUUAAUAAUUUCGAUCUUUUCUUUUAUUUGAAAUAUCAGCAGAAAAGUGAAUAGAAAGAUGAAACUAACAUAUUUAUCGAUAACAAAACUUAAAAGGUAUUAGAUUCGUAAUUAUUGCAAAGGCUAAGAGACAUUUGUACCGCAAGCAUUUGUCACGCAGGCGUGUCUAGAAUCGGUACCAAAACAAAAUACUCGUAAGCAGAGGCCGAAAGGAAGUGUUGGUUUUAGAAACAUGUACGAAAAUGACGAGAUUCAUUUCUCAAUCAUAAUAUCCUAUCGCGAUAAAUUAAACAAUUUGAAUGCGUUACACAUACGCAUACAUGUAUCUUGUAUAUAUAUAUAAAAUCAAACUAUGCCUAAUUGUAACUAUGUAAUUAUUUAUGUGUAUAUUAUAUUUUAUCGUGCGCUGCGUAUGACCGGAUGAAAUUGGAUCAAUAAUGAAAAUGAUCGAUAACUAUUAUUCUUAUCGAUCAUUCUCUUGUAGUUAAUUAUAAUUGUCAGUGAUGGAUAUUCGAUAUUUCCAGAUUUUAACAUAAAUAGAUUUCUAUAUAGAAACUUUCGAUAAAUUCUUACAAUUUUUAUAAAACAACUUUUCCAAAUUCCAUUAUUUCUACGAAAUAUUAAACGCGAUGUAUUAAUCUUGUGGAAAAGUUGGAUUGUUCAUGUAGUAUUUGUAUGAAGUGUGUGGAACAACAUUUAAACAUAUUAGUCUCUAAAAGUCUCGCAUUUUUAUUUUCAAAUAUUUGGAUUUGUUAUUAUUUCAAUGCAUUCUAUCGUUUAUUUUAAAUGCUAUAUGUGAUUUUCGAUUCCAUCACUAAGAGCUGUUUUACACGGAGAUAUGAUUCUAUUUAUGUAAGCGCAUGUAAUAUUUCCUAUCUAUCACGAAUUGUGAUGCAUGUAUUUCCGUGUGAAAGAACUCUAACGGUAAUGUUUAAAAUGUAAAAGGAAUGUGACGCACGUGUUGUUAAUCGUUAUGCAAUAAUUAAAUGUAUUUAAAUGUAUCCAAUGUGAAACGCGUUGCGUUAAAGAUCCGAUAUAUAUAUAUAUAUAUAUAUAUAUAUAUAUAUAUAUAUACACACCAUGAAGACGAAGAUCUUGAUCUUGAUGAAUCUUAUGCUGUCGCGUUAAUUACUAAAAAAAAAGAAAAAGAAAAAAAAUUUACAUUUGAGGAAAUACCAAAAUAUCCAUUUCUUAAGUUGCAGAUGAUACAACAGACGUCUCUAAUUGGGAUUAGAAGACUAUAAUUGAAAGCUUUAAUAAUAGCAAUUUUUACAGAGAAGGUGAUACGUGAUAUUUAAAUAAACGUUCAAUGUUGUAUUUGUAAAAAAGCACUAUCUGUUCACAAACUAAAUGAGAUAUUAGUUUAUAUAUAAUUCUAUAAAAUUAAUUCCCCGUAAAAUAAAUUGUUAGAGCUUA